AUGCCUUUUCUUGCAGGCACUCUGGGCAUUGCCAUCCGCCGGGGAGAGAUACCAGGCCUCAGGGACUUCCUCCUUAGAAUACGCGCCGACAAGGAUGCACUCAGCAACCAGGACAACAAUUUAGUAAAGCAGUUUUGGGAGCACAUAUUUCAGUGCAAGUUUGUAUCUCCUGGAACGGAGUUUGAAGGGCAGACUCAGGAAAAACUGUGUACAGGGAAUGAGAUUCUAAAGAAUGUAGACACUGAAUUCCUUGAUCUGUCCAACCUCAGGCCAGAGUACAAUGUAAAGGUGAACCUGUCUGCUGCUUCGACUGCAUUCCUUGCUCAGAAGGAAAAGUUAGCAAUAAGACAGGUUUGUUUGCAAUACAAAUAUAUUUCAAAUCAAUUGUACAUAUAUUGUCAAACGCAAAGACUAAAACUAUUUAAUUGUUUUCUGUUAGAUUCAACACAAUGUACCAGCUGUUCAGAAGAGUUUUGGUCCAACCCCCAACGUGAUCACUGCGAACCCAAAAUCAUUGAGUUUCUUUCCUUUAUAGAACCCCUAGGCAUCUCCUUGACCACUGCUUCAUUAUUUGGUGCACUUUUAUGUUUAAUUGUUUUUGGAAUCUUCAUCCAUCAUCGGACCACGCCAGUAGUUAGGGCCAACAACUCAGAGCUCAGCUUCCUCAUUCUGCUGUCACUCAAACUAUGCUUCAUGUGCUCCUUGCUUUUCAUUGGCCACCCAAGGCUGUCGACAUGCCAGUUGCGGCAAGCAGCCUUUGGGAUCAGCUUUGUGCUGUGUGUCUCGUGUAUCCUGGUGAAGACCAUGGUAGUUCUGGCAGUUUUCAAGGCCUCCAAACCAGGAGGGGGCAAUAGUCUGAAGUGGUUCGGGGUAAUGCAACAGAGGGGGACUGUUUUAUUUCUUACUUUAAUACAAGCAGCAAUUUGUACAACCUGGCUUAUGUCGUCCUCACCAACUCCUCAUAAAAACACACAGUACUACAAGGAAAAAAUAACAGUUGAGUGUGUAGUGGGGUCGACAGUUGGAUUUGUAGUUUUACUAGGCUAUAUUGGCUUACUAGCUAUUCUUAGUUUCUUGCUGGCUUUCUUAGCAAGGAAUCUGCCAGAUAACUUCAAUGAGGCCAAGUUUAUCACUUUCAGCAUGUUGGUCUUCUGUGCUGUUUGGAUAGCCUUUAUCCCAGCAUAUAUCAAUUCUCCUGGAAAAUAUGCAGAUGCUGUGGAGGCAUUUGCCAUUCUAGCUUCAAGUUUUGGGCUGUUACUGGCCCUAUUUGGACCUAAGUGUUACAUAAUUAUCCUGAAGCCUGAGAAAAAUAAUAAAAAAGCUUUGAUGGGAAGGGGCACACCAAGAUCAUAGUAACAUGGCUAUCAUUUUGAAUACAUAGAAAUAAUCAGUGGAGGUCUGUGAUUGUAGCUAAUGUAGAUGUAAGUAAGUUAUAGAUCUUUACUGAAUAGUUUGACCAACAUAUCGGAAGCGAAUAAAUCUUGUAUUCAACAUUGUGAUUCCUGCAUUCAUGGUGUUUUAUAUUGCACAAAGCAAAUUUUACUUUACCCAAUAUCCCAUUCCCAACUUCUUUCUUCAGUAACAUGGGUAUCAAUAGCUUUAGAAAUUACAUGUAAUAAUGGAAUGCUUCCAAUUACAACAAAUGUUGCAAUUAGGACUUUAAA